GUCGGCUCGGCGAGGCGCCUCGAUAAGAAGCGACGAGCGGUCCCCGACCAAGGCCGGGCGCUGGGCGGCGGGCAUCGCGCGAGUCAGUCCGGGGGUGGACCGCCGGCGCAGCAACCCGACACCGAGACAUGACGCUGGUAGCCGCUGCCUCGGAGCCUCGCGAAGCCAGACCGCGCUUCUUGGCCGCCAAGCGAUAUUCAGAGGAGACGCCCUGGUGAUCUGAACCCGACUGAACGACCACCUGCGACAUCAUGGCGCUCGACUUCGUCGCUGGCUGCCUCGGCGGUUGCGCUGGGAUAUUAGUGGGGCAUCCCUUGGAUACUGUAAAGGUACAUCUUCAGACGCAGAACCAGCGCGCACCUGCCUACCGAGGAGCCUUCGACUGCUUCACACACAUUUUGCACAGGGAGUCGGUGGGGGGCCUGUACCGCGGCAUGGCGGCGCCGCUGGCGGGCGUGGCGGCGGUGAACGCGGUGACGUUCGGCGUGUACGGGCUGGCGGCGCGCUACCUGGGCGCCGACUCGCUGCGCGGCCAGUUCGCCGCCGGCGCGCUCUCCGGGCUGGCGCAGUCGGCCAUCUGCGCUCCGCUGGAGCAACUCAAGACGCGCGCACAGCUGCUGGGCGUCGGCCCGCUGCAGUGCGCCGCCGACACGCUGCGCCGGGAAGGCCCGCGCGGGCUCUUCCGGGGGCUCGCCGCCACCGUGCUGCGGGACACCCCCGCCAUGGGCAUCUACUUCGCGACGUACGAGGCGAUGACGCGCGGCAGCGCCCCCGCGCCCACGUGGCUGGUGCUGGCGGCUGGUGGCACGGCGGGCGCCGCAUCCUGGCUGUUCACCUACCCCGUGGACGUGCUCAAGUCGCGCCUGCAGGCCGACGGCGGCGACGGCCGCCCCCGCAGGUACUCGGGUAUGGCGGACUGUCUGCGGCAGAGCGUGCGCUCGGACGGCUGGUCCUUCCUGACGCGCGGCCUGGGCAUCGUGGUGGUGCGCGCCUUCCCCACCAACGCAGCGUGCUUUUUCACCGUGACGCUGGUACUGCGCUGGGACCAGGAGCGCCGGCGUACUAGCAGCCACGGACACCGGCAGCUGCCGCCCGCCGUCGGAGAGCACAACUCUGGCUUGCUGCAGCUGCAGCCACCGCGCCCUGCCGCCACCUGGCACCGCGGCCACCAGGAGGACCUCUUCGGCUGGAGGCGUAGCCUGGCGCGAGCCACGGGCUGCAGCUUCCUCAAGCUGGAAGGCCCGGCGGCCAACAGGGAGGGUCAGAGCGAGGCAGCUGGGGGCCAGUACGAGAGCGUUCACAGACUCUUCUUACACACGGCUGACUUCACAGAGAGCUCGUGGUUGAGCAGUGAAGAGUUCCUCGCCCCUCCUGAAGGCGAUGCUGAGCGGAAGAUCGAGGCGGGGCAGUUGGCGGUUUCGGAAAAGGGCGAAGUAGGGAGCAUGGUCGCUGACAAUCUUUCGAAAGGGUUUGAGUCUGAAAUAGUCCGGUCCCAAAGCGGAAUGGCCUCUUCAACCAGCGAAGAAAUCUCGACAACGGUGUCAAAGUUAGAUCCCAAAUCAGACGACAUUCAGAUAAUGGGUAGUCCGGCGAGUGGGUUGGUGAGGAAGCCGGACGCCGUGCGCCACAUCAGCCGGGAUGCUGCGAACCGUACGAUGGUGGCGACGCAGGUGGACUUGUUCCAAGGGUAUAUCGUGCCACCAGACGACCUGUGGCUGGACCAAGGAGUCGGCAAUCACCUCGCGCGCGGAAAGCUAGCCGCCACACGGCUCGACAAAAGUCGUUCCUUGAACGACUGAAUCAAUAGUAGGGACACACGUCUCCAUAUGUGAGGACGGAGAGUUUUCAUUCGUAGUGUAAAAUGAGGGCCUUCUUACAAUGAAGAGGCCGCAAUCAGGCAUAUUCUGAUUCUGAUUUCAUUUAUUUAAGUCGUUUCCGGAUUGAACACUUCGUGAUUUAUGUCGGUGACGUAGUAUUCUUUUCAGGUAGUGCACUCUUGGUCUGUGGCUCACAGUGUUUAUGUGGAAACGUAUUUACAAGAUAUGUAAUGUUACCUGUAGCCAGCCCAACUGUGAAAUACGAUCGACAAUUGGGUUAAAAAUUACUCGACUGUUGCUUCUUUUUUGUAAGUUUGGUCAAUUUCACCGUUUGAUACAUCAACUGGCGCUGGGCGUAAACGCACACUGCGUUCUCCUCCUGUGGACUGUUUGAAGACGGCGCAAAAUAGACAAAGUGUGCACCAGCAUUUACAACGAGUCGUGCUCUAAAGUUUAUAGCACUAUGUGUAGGCAAAGGUAUAGCAGAUGAAACAACAAAGAAACGAACAAGCGACUGUAAUGCUAACUGGGAGAGUGCACAAUCCGUCUGAUAUGAGUAACAAAUGCUUGGAUGUGGUAACGGCUUAACUAAAAAAUUCAUCAUAACAAAAUGUGACUGACUGCUGCCUGUUCAAUACAAGUUAUAUUCCAGUACAGUCACGGAACUGCUUCCAUCCACCAAGGACAAAUAACUGACAUGUUAACGAACUUCGCAGUAGAUAAUUUCCCAUUUUUCCCAUUCCGAUAAAUGUUUUUAUAUUACUCGUAAAUGAUACUGAGCUAGAAUGUCAUGCUAUUUAUAUUUCGCUGAAUUUAAGGAUGAUAAAGGAUAGCCAGCCUGUAGCCCCAGUGGCUGCUGAGUGCCUUUAUUUGGUUGUCAGUCACACACCUGUCAGGAAUCAGAAUCAAGGACAAGAGGAUCACAUUGUUCUCAAACUGUUCAACAGCACGAAAUUUAUAGACUUUGAGGUCACAUUUUUCGUUUUAAUAGAACAUUCAUUUGACCUAAUAGCUUUCUUUACAGUUAUCGUUCGAAGCAUAGUUAACAACAGUGUAGAGUUUAAGAUGACGCUAUUACAAUGAUAGUUAAUAUGUUACAACUUACGAUAUUGUUUUCCAUUUAUCUGAUACAGUUUGUCUUAAAUAAUAUUGAAGUUUUUAUGUAUUGGUAACAACACUCCCUUCCUCACAUGGUUAGAUUCUUAUCUAACAGUUGGUGACAGUUACGUCCAUAGGGUAGUUUAGCAAGUUUUUAUGUUUUCUAUUACAACUGCAGUACAUAUAUAUGUGGCAGAGUUGUGGAUUCAAGUAAUAUUUUAGUUCGGGAUCUUCAUACGCCCUACAGU